AUGGGGGUCUCACUGACAUCCCCAGCCCCGGGACGCUGGUUCUGCCAUGCGAUUCCUUUCGCUAUCCUCACGCUGAUAUUUCUUUACACCAGUGUGCGACUCCUUCAUGAGUGGCCUCUUGUGUUACCGGCUCAGAGAAGUCAGGAGUCCAGCCUGUGGGAACUCGAGCCCCCUUCUCCUUCUCCAGCCCUUAUUGCCUUGCUUCAGAUCACCUCCAGUAUCCUGACAGGCUGCAGGCCCGGGGUGCAGUCCUGCAACCCGGAGGGACCGCUACCUUCCCAGAUCGGUCCAGAGUUGACAGCCCUGGUGGUCCCGGGGAAGGAAGAGCCUCCCUGUCUGGGGCCUCAAGGGGUGCUGGGUCGCAUGAUGAGCCCCUUCCUGGCCUGUUUGAGCCCCGAAGGGGAUGUGCAGUUGUCUCAGUAUCUGGCAGGAUGGAGGGAACUACUCAGGUUCCUAACCCCGCUUGGCUCUGUUUUCGCCUUCGCCACCAGUGAAGCCUUCGUCAAGGUGACCGCCCUCGAGGCUUGUGUGCAUGGCCCAGAUGCUUUGCACUACGCGUCGCUGGCUACUAUGGCGACGUGGGAGCGGCAAGCAGGACUACUGGAGCUACCCGGGACCGCGCCCCGGGACCAAGACAGGGCCUCGGGUUCUCGAACGCUGCUUUUGCUGCACCGUGCGCUGCGCUGGUCCCAGCUCUGCCUCCACAGGGUGGCGACAGGGACGCUCGGAGGUCCGGACGCGGGAGUGCAAUGCGGGGACGCCUACAGCACCGCGUUGGCCGAGCACCACCCAUGGCUCAUCCGCCAGGCCGUCCGCCUGGCCAUCCUCGCCCUCCCGAGUCGCGGCCGCUUGCUCCAGCUGGCGUGUCCCGGAACCAGAGAGGCGGACGCGCGGGUGGCCCUGGCCCAGGCCGCCCGAGUACUGGAGGACGUCUACAACCGAACCCAGAGCCUGCUGACCCGCCACGGCCUGCUCCAGCUGGCUUGAUGGCCGCGGUAU